AUGUGUGGUCCAGAUACUUGCACCAAGCCCCGAGGCGGCGCUCUGGCUGUUCUCAACCAGUCUAGCUCUCCAACAACUGCGAUCAGACUCCGAGGCGACCUCUCUUUCCACACGCCGGGGAAGCCUAGCAGCCCUUUUGCGACGCACGUCAGACUAUCAAGUGGAAACACAUUCGACGCACAGUCACUAGUUGACAUGGUUGUCAUAAUCCACAACUCUGGAGACCUCACCAGAACACGCGAAGAUUGCGGCCUUUUCCAUCGUUUCGCUUUGUCUGACGCGACGGUUCUCGAUGACGGAUCGAUCUUGGAGCUAGCACUUCAGAAACCAAUCUCAUUACAAGUGGGCGACGAUGGAAUUAUCGGCCGCCGAGUAUCAAUAUUGUCUGGUGCAGGGAUGGACAGCGCUGUGGCUGAGGGUAUUGUAGGAUUCAACUUUGUGAACUCUCUAUGA